UAGUCCAGCCCUUUUAUAAAAGGGUUUUACCCAUCCAACAUUUAAAUGGGGUGGGCUUUUAAAGGACUAUUAAAUAAUGGGUUUUUAAAGGUUUGAGUCUAAGUUAAAAAAAGGCUAAAAUUGGGUAACACUUAAGAGGCUUAUAAUCUUCAAAAAUUCCCAGAUUAUAGCUAAUAAAUUCCUUCUUCUUGCUCGCCGCUCUUAAUCUUCAACUACCAAGUUUUUUUAACCAUGGAAAGUGAAGCAACUACAAUGUCAAUGCCGGUAGAUGACGAGGUUGAUGAAUCUAAUGCCGCCCGUAAGCGUAAAAGGAGUAGGAAAUCUAAAGUUUGGCAAGAAAUGACGGAAGGAACGAAUGCAAAAGGUGAGCGAAUCGCUAUUUGUAAGCAUUGUAAAGUGGAGUUAAUUGCCCACAAUAAUAGUGGCACAUCUCGUUUAAUACGUCAUUUGCUUGAUGUGUGUAAAAAACGAACUAAGGGACUUCCACUCGGUGAGGCGGUUGAGGAUGAGGAAAAAUUUGUUUUUGAUAUGAGUGAAUUAAUAAAAGAGAUUUUAUUAUAUGUUGUUGAAGGUUCUCAUUCUUUUUCGACCAUAGAAGAAAAAGGUUUUAGGCGGAUGAUGUUAAAGGCUAAUUCUAAAUUUAAACCAUUUAGUCGAGCAACUUUAACUAGAGACCUUUUUUCUUUGUAUGUCUCUUAUAGAGAGAAAAUUAAAAAAAAUUUGAGGAAUGCACCCGGACGAAUAUGUUUGACAACUGAUAAUUGGAAAUCAUCACAUACUUGGCAACAUUACAUUUGCAUAACUGCCCAUUUUAUUGAUCAUGAUUGGAAACUUCAUAAAAGAAUUAUUAAGUUCACAUCAUUGUCACCCCCUUUGAUGGAUAAAGCAUCUCCGAAGAGAUUUUUAUGUUUCUUAAUCAAUGGCAUUUAGAUGACAAAGUGCUUAGCUUAACGGUUGACAAUGCAAGUUACAAUGAUGUGAUGGUUAAGCACAUGAAAAAUCGUCUUGGGUCAAGGGGUAUGUUGGUUAGUGGUGGUUGUUUUUUUCAUAUAAGAUGUUGUGUUCAUAUCAUCAAUCUUAUUGUCCAACCGGUCUAUCUUGUAUUGAGAACAUAUUAGAUAAGAUUAGAAACUUGGUAAAAUUUGUUACAAGAUCAUCUUCUAGAAGCAAGGACUUUUAAGAUACCACUCAAAAGCAUUUUCAUAUUGGAAAGGUUCAUGAUAUUAAUUAGGCUUUGUACCAUUUUCUAAUUUUAGGAUAGUGCCAAUGCAAUGAGGCUGAAAUUAAACUAGAAUGAGCUUUGUGGGAGAUGUGUGUGAUUUGUGAUUCUUUGAUUGAACAGAUGUACCCCAAACUUUCAUUCUGAUUGGCAAUUAGAAAAAGGUUAAUUAUGUGCACUUGUUAUUUGAAGUGUGCGCAUAUCUCUAAAAACUCAAUAAUUAAAAUGAAUAUGCAAUAGGAACUACCUGGAUAUGUACUUGGUUAUUUUAUUUUACGACUAUGAUUAGUUAUGUUCAUGGGCCGGGCCGGGCUUAAUGGCCCAUGGACAAUAUUGGCCCAUUUUGGAUUAGGCUUGGCCUAGUCCGGCCCGACCCAUUUUAGAUAAAGCCCUGUCCGGCCAGGCCCGACCCGUUGAACAGGUUUACUUAAAAAGCAUACUCCAGAGUCCAGACCGAGUAAUCCAUAUUACAUUAUAACUAGAGAUGUCAG